UUUGUAGCAGAAAAAAGCCACAGAAAGGAAACCCCAACCCCUCCAUAGAAAUAGGCCACAACAUCUCUCUCACAAGCAAACAGAAUCAGAAAAUGAGGAAAAAGCCAUAGCAAAAGUUAAGAAAAAGCAAAAAAGAAACCCUCAAAGAACUCACACUACCACUGUAGUUCUAAAACUCCACACACAAAUCCAAAGCAAUAGAGUGAAAGAAAUAAAAAGCUUCUUCCUUUACUUUUCUUUUCGUAUCUAACCAGUCCCUUUCAUUUCUACUCUGUCUCUUCGAUUAGUCCAUCUGUUUUACUCUGUCAGUUUAACUUCAAUCCCAUCCAUUUUCCCUCCCAAUGCCACUCACUAUGGUCCCCUUUGUCAUGCAUUAAACACGAAUAGUCCAUGUUACCUCUCAGGUAUUUGUUGAGAAGGAUUUGCUUUUGAGUUAGGGUUUGUUUCUUGGUGUGUGAAAUUUUGCAAUGGAUGGGCGCAUGAAGAAGUAUAGGCAGUUGAGUCCGGAGAGAGCGAAAGUUUGGACUGAGAAAUCACCUAAGUAUCAGCAGCAGAAGCCACGGCUGAAUAGUGGCAAAGUACCUGUGGUAUACUAUCUAUGUCGAAAUAGACAGCUUGAGCAUCCCCAUUUCAUUGAAGUACCCUUGUCUUCGCCCGAGGGUCUUUACUUGAGGGAUGUAAUUGAGAGGCUUAAUGUUUUGAGAGGCCGAGGAAUGGCUUUAUCAUACUCUUGGUCUUGCAAAAGAAGCUACAAAAAUGGAUUCGUAUGGCAUGAUCUUUGUGAAGAUGACCUCAUUCUUCCUGCCCAUGGUAAUGAGUAUGUUCUUAAAGGCUCAGAGCUUUUCGAUGAAUCCAAUGCAGGUUGCUUUAGUCCCGCUGGAAAUGUUAGAUUGUCAACAAACCCAAAGCUACUACCAGAACCACCAUCUUCUAGAAGCCAAGAUGAUUCUUCGUCUUCGUCUAGCAUGAAUGAGAAAGGUACGAAGAAUUCUCAAGAUGAUGAAUCGUCACCACCUGUUCAACGUCCAGGUUCUUCAGCGGUAUCCCCUCAGUCCAGUGCUGGUAAAAGUUCUUCAUGGAAUGGUUCAUUAAGUUUGACAGAGUACAAGAUAUAUAAGGCCGACGGGCUGGCCGAUGCUUCAACUCAGACUGAGGAAAAUGUAAGCAAAGCUACACGUCCAGAAACUUGUACAAGAGGUGUUUCUACAGAUGACGGGUCUGUAGAGCCUGAAAGUAAUGAAAUACAAGAGAUUCAGAUUCAACAGGCAAAUGAAUCUGCAGAGAUAUGCCGGGAGACAGUAUCGCCUGCUCCAUCCUCAUCGAGUGCAUCAUCGUCAGGUGGUAGAACGGAUACGUUGGAAAACCUCAUCAGAGCUGAUAUAAAUAAGCUCAACAGCUUUAGAAUAAUUGAAGGGGAGGAGUUUCGAGUUCCAAAAACUAAGCUAAAGCCCUCGAAUGUGCUGAUGCAACUAAUUUCUUGUGGAUCAAUUUCAGUAAAAGAUCAUAGCUUUGGCCUUAUUCCUACUUACAGGCCAAGAUUUUCGCAUUCAAAAUUUCCAUCUCCUCUGUUCUCGACCUCGUUAACUUUAGGAGAUCUUGAUUGCCUGGCUGAGAAUCCUAGGUUUAUGGGUUUGAGAUUGGAAGAUAAAGAAUACUUCAGUGGCAGCCUGCUUGAGACGAAUAUGCCCAAGGAGCCUACCAUUCUAAAGCGGUCGUCUUCUUACAAUGCCGACAGGACAAAUAAAGAACUUGGAGAUUCAGCUGAAGAAAAAGAGGAGAAAAGCUCAGGCACAAAGUGCAUUCCACGUUCAAUCAAGGCUUCCCUGAAUAAGCAGCAGGCAAGAAGCGAGACAGUGAAAUCCCCUCUUUCUGAAGGUCCUAGAAUAUCAUCAGAUAGAAUAGGCAGUUCACGAACCAUUACACCUGGCACAUCCUGUGGAGGAAGCAAGAGAAUUACCGAGCCAUCAUCCGGCAAGAGACACUCAAAUAGAAUAGACUCUUUCAGAGAGGAGAAAGAAAAUGUGAUCAAAAUUGAAGAAAGGCUUGCUUCAGGAGCUCGGGUUAUAAUACAGUCGACAGGAGCUACUGACAAUGAUGAUCUCUCUUAGAGAACAAUUCUGAACAUUAGGCAACCAGAAGAGUGGGGAAUUUUGUUAAAUCUUGUAACUACCUGUCCUACUUGUAAUUGUCCAAACACGAUUCUUUAAAUGUCAAUUAGGGAAAAGCAUGGAGUAAAUUAAGCAUUUGCUGAUAGGGACAAGUAGUGAGUAUUGAGCUGGCUCUAUUGUACCUAUCCUUGUUUUUUUUUUGGGGGCCUCUUUUUCCAGUUUUGUGGUGUAUUAUUGCCAUUGAAGUGAAAUAUUCCACUUUUGAAUGGCCCCCUGGACCUCAGCUAGUAAAUCCAAGCAAUCAUUUGUCUGCUGUAUUA